AAAGCCCGACGGGGAAAGCUCUCCCUAUCUCUUUACGACUGCGCAAAGCAAAGGGCAGACGGACAGGUUCAGUAGUACAGAAAACCCCCUCCCGCCAUUAACGCGCUCUCUCCUCUUCUCUUCUGCGCUGCAACUCACCUCUUCCAUCCGCCUCCAUCGAAUGCCAGAUAUAAACUAUUGAGAAUUUGCCAACACGACACGUGAAACUCCUCGACAACGAAAUCAAAGCAUUGAUCUUCAACCUGCAGAUUCCAUCAAUUCAAAAUCUUACGCAGGGAGGGACCGGCUGUACCCUUACAGAUGAGAAGCAAGGCGAAGAGCUCCAUACCCAAGCUAGGGCUCCCACUCCUCGUCUUCUCGUGCCUCUGCUUCUUCAUCGCCGGCUUCUUCGCUUCCAUUAUCUUUUCUCAGGAUGCGCCCGCUAUAAACUCGAGGCUGAGAAUGCUUGAAGUAGUGACUGAAGACGGUGUUCACGAACCGAUGCAGCAUGGUGAAACUGGUGAACCUUCUGUCGGAUCGAUCCCUUUUCAGGUUUUGAGUUGGAAACCCAGGGCUCUUUAUUUUCCGAACUUUGCGACUGCAGAACAAUGCCAAGCUAUUGUGAAAAUGGCAAAGGCACACCUGAAACCAUCACUUCUGGCUUUGCGGGAGGGAGAAACAACAGAGAACACUGAAGGGAUUAGGACAAGUUCGGGGACAUUUAUUAGUGCAUCAGAGGAUCAGACUGGAACUUUGGAUUAUAUAGAGCGAAAAAUUGCUAGGGUUACAAUGAUUCCAAGGACACAUGGAGAGGCAUUCAACAUUCUUCGGUACAAGGUGGGGCAGAAGUAUGAUUCCCAUUAUGAUGCUUUCAAUCCUGCCGAAUACGGUCCUCAAAGUAGCCAAAGGAUUGCUUCGUUUUUGCUAUAUCUAUCUGACGUAGAAAAAGGCGGAGAAACUGUGUUUCCGCUCGAGAAUGGCUUAAAGAUAAAUCCCGGCUUUAGUUACAAGAAGUGCACUGGAUUAAAAGUGAAACCGAGGCGAGGAGAUGGACUUCUGUUUUAUUCUGUAUUCCCCAAUGGCACGAUUGAUCAGUCAUCUCUUCACGGAAGCUGUCCAGUGAUUAAAGGAGAGAAAUGGGUGGCAACUAAGUGGCUUAAUGAUCAGGAAGAAGCGGAUGAAUGAGCCGCCAGUUGCCUAAAUCAUCUCUUAAUUCUUCUUUUUUCCAUACUGAUGGAAUGUAUGUCGUUUCGAAUCCUUUUCACCAAAGGCAGAAAUUAGGUGCUCUUGACCUACCGGAUCAUACAUUACUGUGUAUACCGAAACUAAUGAAAAUAUUUAUGCCAACAAUUUCUCGAAUUGCCAUAUUUAUUAUCAA